UCCGUCUGUCCGUCUGUCCGUCCCCUUCAGCGCUGGGAGCUUCAAGUAGCCCGAGCACAUGCCAUGCGGGAAAUCUGCCAGGAAAAGCCAACAUUGCAUGGAUCGGAGCUGCUACCUCACCUUAGCAAUACGUUAAACAGCUGCACCGAUGAAUCGGGGGAUCUGGCUACGUCUCUGGCGUUGGAUGCUCUUUAUGCCUUGUGUGACAGCCACACUGUCAAUAUUGCUUCCACCUGGACGCUCUGGGCAGCAAGUUUCGCGGCGAACAGCGUCCACAGACCCUUAGGUCUCUGUACCAUUUCUUUGGCUUGGUUCCGCUGCUGCAGACACCCACACUGGAGUACGAGAAAGUUGCGGAUGAUGCCCUAGAGCAGCUGUGGCAGGCCAUCAGUCGACCGGGAACAAAUGCGGCACAGGUUCGCAAUGCUCUGGCAGCCCUAAAGAGCUAUGAGCCAGGAAGCACGCUCAACCUGCAGCACAUUCCGGCUCAGUUUCGUUUUGAGAUUGUCGGUGGAGCAGUGGGAGGACUUAGUGGCCGAGAGGUGGUGAAUCUGCAGAAAGAGACCGUCCCCGGCGAGGUGUGGGUGCAGCUACUACAGAAGAUUCGCCCGGAAUGUGGAGAUGCAGCAGCUGAUCUGAUUUCCCAUCACAUAAGCAACGAAAUAAACGGCUUUCGGAGCGGAGUCUAACGCCUGCCCGAGGGCAAGCCGGAGCCACGCAAGCUAGUGGGUUUGUUCGGGACCAGCCCGCUCCGUGCAGU